GAUUUACCUGGCGUGGUUAUGGCCAGAAUUACGGACACCAGCGUAAAUCCCAAUACCUUCAAGACUGUGCCGCUCUGGAAAGAAUGAUGAUGAUGGCAGAAUUCGAUACGCCCGUUCCCAGGCAUGCAACUGUACCCCGCUGCGCUGUCGUGCACUGCGACGCCCUGCGAAGCUGGUCACCAACACGUACAGCCUCCAGCAGCCUCAGCGGUAUAUUUCGCCCUCGCCUCUUCCUCGACCAUAUCGACACCCUCCGACCCUUUCAGCAGCUGUUCCAACCUCUAGCAAAAUGGCGAUCUAUCCUUUCGACGUUUCCCUCUCCUCCCCGCCUCCUCCGGCUGCAGUAUCCGUUAUGGACUCCAUCGCCACCGUGGUCGACACCGAACUCCGCAUCCCCAUUUCUGAACCCCUCACACCUCCCAGGACUCCUGCUAGGAAGGUAAAGGUUGUGCAUGAACGCUCCACGCUACGCCGCCGUGAGUUGCUGCUGCAAGGCAAAGAAGGUUCCCGCGCUCGCCGCCGCUUCGAGAACUCGUUGUUGUUGAAUAACCCCUGGGCCACGCCACCGAGCAGGCAAGAUUGGGUCCCGACCCCCGAUUCCUCGAGAAGGUUCCGGAGGGUUGAGUGGAGCCUGGUUGAGAGGAUGGAGGCACUGAACGUGGGGAGUAAGGGAGGGAAGAAUAGGGAACAGGUACGGAGUGGGGUCGAGGGUGUGACGAAGGGGCUGAAGGCGCGGGUCAAGAAAGCACAUGUCCCAACGGACCUUAUCCGCUCCAUUGAGGCUGAGCUUCGAAAGCUGCUGGAGUUCACGACUUGUCCGAACCUCGACAAACCCUCACCCCCGGUACCAACCACGGUGGAAGAGGAGAUCCUCUUUACACCCCGCCGAAAAUCCACCACCUCUCCCUCACUCUCCACAACCCCCUCCCCCAACUCCACCACACCACCAACUCCCCCGAUCGAACUAGAAUUCCCCCUCGCCAACAUCCCCGAACCAGAAGCCUCCUACCACCGCUGGAUCCUCCACCAAAUCUGCACAUAUUACAACGUAAAAUCAUGGUCGAAGGAUGUGGGCAAGAGAAGAGUCGCGGUGUUACGGCCUGAGGCGGGAGAUGGGCGGAGGGUUCUGAAGGAUAGGUGGUUUUGGGAGGUUGUUGGGGAGGCAUAAGCUGU